AUGGUCACACGAAUACCGCCGUUCAAGGCCCCAUUUGGCUGGGACGAUGGACUCAUCCUCAUAGUCUUGAUCUCUAUGAUUGUGAUGUCCUCGAGUGAUCUUGUCCUGAUACAUUUCGGUUUCGGUAGAGAUGUCUACUCGAUACCACCCAACAAUAUCACAACCAUUAGGAAGUUUUUCUAUAUCGGAGUGAUAUGUUACUUCUUUAGUAUCAUGGUCACUAAACUUUCGAUCCUCGCAUUCUACCUACGAAUUUUCCCGGAUCGAACCUUCAUAUACUCGACCUACGUUCUGAUGGGCCUAAUAGUAGCCUGCAUCCUCUCAUUUAUCCCCGCGAUCAUUUGGCAAUGCACACCAGUAUCCUUCGCCUGGACCUCACUACCUGGACAGACUGGAGGGCAUUGUAUCAAUACCUUCCUUAUGACCUGGAUUGGGAGUUCAAUCAACGUUGUUCUUGACCUCGCUGUCAUUCUGGUACCGAUUCCACAUCUCCUGAAGCUUACACUGUCUCGAAAGAAGAAAAUACAAGUCGUUGCCAUGUUCAGUGUAGGACUAUUCGUGACAAUUGUCAGCGCGGUCCGCUUCCACAGCCUCGUCACGUAUCGAAAGUCGACCAAUUUUACUUGGGACUAUGUCGACUCGAAGUACAUGUCGACACUCGAAGUCGACGUCGGCAUCAUCUGCGCAUGCAUGCCUGCGAUGCAGCUGCUCCUUCGCAAAGUCGCACCGAGCCUGUUCGGAAGCAGUGCGGACAACAAGAGUUCCUAUCUCCACCCGUACAGCAAUUCCCACGCCAGGACGUUCCGCAACACAAACAGUCACAACCCGCCGUCCAAGAACAUCACCAAGACAAUAUCCACCACCAUCACCGAUAUGCCCUUGAAGGACAGCGACUCCGUCAUGGAGCUCGUCGACAACUCGAAACCCGGGAGUGCCAAUGGCCGCUCCGGCUCCAACACCACCCUCCCGCCGGACCCGGCCCGCGAUCACAACUGGUGA